AUGCCCCUCUCCCAGCCAAUUAUCUUAACGACCCUGACCGCCACAACACUCGUCUUUCUACUAUCAACCCACCUUGUACUAAUAUGAGCCGCACUAGAACUUAGCACACUAGCAAUCCUCCCCCUAAUCGCUAAUAAAUCCCACCCCCGAGCUAUCGAAGCUUCUACAAAAUACUUUUUAAUACAAGCGAUAGCCUCCACACUAAUCAUCUUCUCAGGAGCGCUCAACUAUGAAAUAACAGGAAGUUACCAAAUCGCAGAGUUAACGGACUUAACCUCAAUAAUUGUGCUAACCCUCGCCCUGUUUAUUAAAGUGGGACUAGUGCCAUUCCACUUCUGAGUACCAGAAGUCCUACAAGGAAUACCCACAGCUCCUGCAAUCUUUCUACUGACAUGGCAGAAGCUAGGCCCACUAGUUAUACUCUUCUUAAUUAGCCACCUCAUCAGCCUUAAACUAAUCUUUAUAGUGGCCGUCUUAUCCUCUCUUAUUGCAGGUUGGAUAGGACUAAAUCAAACUCAAGUACGAAAACUAAUAGCAUUCUCAUCCAUCGCCCAAAUGGCAUGAAUUAUUGUAAUCAUUAAAUACGCCCCAUCCCUGACAAUCCUGACUUUUUAUAUCUAUUCCACUACCGUCUCCGCCACACUACUCACACUAGAUAAAAUAUCAACAACCUCCACCAAACACCUCAUUACCUCCUUCUCAAAAUCCCCGACUGCAGCCACCCUCCUAACUCUCUCCCUUCUCUCGCUAUCCGGCCUUCCACCCCUGGCCGGCUUUCUGCCAAAAUGGCUAACCGUUAAUCAACUUGUCUCAGAAAAAGCAACUUGAAUCGCUCUCCUCAUACUCAUGGCCUCCCUCUUAAGCCUUUUCUUCUAUCUUCGGCUAUGGUACAACUCCUCAUCGACCCUACCGCCAAAUACCACAAACACAACCCGCCUCUGACGAAAACUAACCCCUCAAAGCAACCUAACCAUUAACCUCCUUGUCCUGGCUGCCACCACCCUUCUGCUAUCCGCCACAUUAAUGAAAGCAAUUACCAAACAAGAAACCCCCAAAGCUAAAAGA